CGAAAUGGGACGAACAACAUCCAAGAGUUCGGGAUGAACUAUUCAUCGUAAACAUCUCUGAUAUCCGCAUGGCGAGUAAUGGAGACAGCGACUAUAGGCCAAAGACGCAAGUAAUGAUACAAACCUACUACACCGGCAAGAAGCUCGAAAAAGAAGCAAUCUAUCGAAUAUCCCCUCGUUUGGUCGAUUUCAAUCUCAAUCGGAUUCUUCUCAACCUAGUUUUCAUGGACUUUCAAGAAAGCAUCUCUGGAGAGAAGGUCCCUUUCAUACAGAUGAUCACAGACCCUACGACGUUCGCAGAAUCUAAAUCAUAUUGUGGUAUGGAAGAGGAAACCCGAGAAAGGUUAAUCGCCCGUAGCAUGAGAGCACUGGGGAGACAUGGAAACAAGGAUGCAGCAGCCUUGGUACUAAAAUCUUCUCAACAUAGAGCAGGUCUAGGAAUGAUGCUGAAACGAUUUAGUGUAAUAUGGGGUCCUCCCGGUACUGGGAAGACGUACACCCUUGCAUUAUCUACUUUGAGAAUGCUUGAGGUUUUGGGGUCCGCCGCCCUCGAAAAGUGUCCGAUCAUACUG